CCCUGGGAGUUUCACUCGCCGAUAUAAUUCACGCAGCAAAGAAAGAGCUUCUGUCCAUCGUUUCGAUUGACAACUCUCGUCGUGGUUGUUUGGCAGUGGUCUCGCGCGUCCACCUCGCCUACGCAGGAGCUAGCUGGAAGCUUCUGAUAAGCCACCCAGGAAGCCCCCUUCCAAUGGCUAUUCCCGCGCAAUCGGCGGCCACCACCAUGGCUACCUUCACCCGCAUGGUGAAGGGCCAGGUGCGCCAUUACUCCGCACCCCUGGACAUGGCCAUCCCCGCCUCCAAGCAGAAGUACAUCCCUUCGUCCGGGUCCUACCCCAAGGGAUUCUCCGUCUCGGGGACUCACGUCGGCGUCAAGGCCUCCAACACCAAGUUCCCAGACCUGGCCCUCAUCUCCUCCGAGACCCCCUGUACCGCGGCCGCGGUCUUCACCACCAACAAGUUCCAGGCCGCCCCCGUGCAGGUCAGCCGCAACAUCCUGCAGACCCGGCAAGGCCAGGGCAUCCGGUCGGUGGUGAUCAACUCUGGAUGCGCCAACGCGGUGACCGGCAAGGGCGGACUGGAGGAUGCGACCAACAUGGGCGCCAAGGUGGAUGAAUGCCACGGCCUCGGGGAGGAACCCAGCACCCUGGUGAUGAGCACCGGAGUGAUCGGACAGCGGCUCCCGAUCUCCAAGAUCCUCUCCAAGAUCCCCACCGCGCACUCGACCCUGUCCUCGACGCACGACAGCUGGCUCAGCACGGCGCGCGCGAUCUGCACGACUGACACCUUCCCGAAGCUCCUCUCCACAACCUUCACGCUGCCCAGCUCUCCGGGCCGCACCUACAGCCUGGCCGGGAUGACCAAGGGCGCCGGGAUGAUCCACCCGAACAUGGCGACCCUGCUGGGCGUGCUGUGCACCGACGCGCCCAUCACCGCGGACGCGCUCUCGGCGCUCCUGAAACACGCCGUGUCGCGGUCCUUCAACGCCAUCUCCGUGGACGGCGACACGAGCACGAACGACACGAUCGCGAUCCUGGCCAACGGCGCCGCCGGCGGCGCCCCCGUGACGAACAGUCAGAACUCGGACGACUACCGCGCGAUGCAGACGGUGCUCACGCGAUUCACGCAGUCGCUGUCGCAGCUGGUCGUGCGGGACGGCGAGGGCGCCACCAAGUUCGUGACGGUGCGCGUGCAGAACUCGCCGGACUACGACUCGGCCAAGCUGAUCGCCAGCACCAUCGCGCGCUCCCCGCUCGUCAAGACCGCCCUGUACGGCCGCGACGCCAACUGGGGCCGCAUCCUCUGCGCCGUCGGCUACACCCAGAACGUGAAGGACGGCGUCGUCGUGCCCGACCGCACCAGCGUCAGCUUCCGGCCCGUCGACGGCAGCCCCGAGCUCAAGCUGCUGGUCAACGGCGAGCCCGAGCAGGUCGACGAGGCCCGCGCCGCCGUCAUCCUCCAGGAGGAGGACCUCGAGAUCGUCGUCGAUCUCGGCGGCGGCGCGCUCGGCCCCCAGGGCGCCGGCGGCGAGGAGGCCGUCUACUGGUUCUGUGAUUUCAGCCACGAGUAUGUCACCAUCAACGGGGAUUAUCGGACUUGAUUCCACAAAUUCCUUUUCCGGUGUUUAUCACGUCUGAUAUGGGUGGAACGAGGCGAUGUGGGUUUCGCUGGAAUCUUUUCUCAAAGAAAAAAAGCGCAAUUAGAAUGCUUGGAUUAAUUGUUCUGUGGAUGCGAGCCUUAAUAUGAGUCACGGUCAUCUGUUCGCCUUUUCCAUACACAACAUUCUAGCCGAGUAGUCCAUCAUGACCCAUGAACGAUGCUGGACACUACGUUGUAAUGCGAACUACUAAUCCUACAAGCAGAACAAACUAAUCAAUCGGUUCCCACCCGAGUCACCCCAGAUGCUCAAUGCCCUUC